AUGUCAACUGAUGAGAAUAUCGAGAUAUGGAAGAUGAAGAAGCUAAUAAAGGGACUUGAAUCUGCGAGAGGCAACGGAAGCAGCAUGAUUUCUCUGAUAAUCCCUCCACGUGAUCAAAUUUCACGAGUCACAAAGAUGCUUGCUGAUGAAUUGGGAACUGCUUCCAAAAUUAAGAGCAGGGUGAAUCGUCAGUCUGUCUUAAGUGCUAUAACAUCUGCCCAACAGAGGCUCAAGCUCUACAACAAGGUACCUCCAAAUGGACUUGUUCUAUACACUGGAACAAUACUAACAAAUGAUGGAAAAGAGAAAAAGGUUACAAUCGACUUUGAACCUUUCAGACCAAUAAACGUAUCUCUUUACCUGUGUGAUAACAAGUUCCACACAGAAUCUCUUAACCAAAUGUUGGAAUCUGAUGACACGUUUGGCUUCAUUGUUAUGGAUGGAAAAGGCACCCUGUUUGGGAUAGUAAGGGGCGAUAGUAGGGAGGUUCUACACAAAUUUCCUGUUGAUUUGCCAAAGAAACAUGGAAGAGGAGGGCAAUCAGCUUUGAGAUUUGAUCGUAUUCGUAUGGAGAAACGUCACAACUAUUUAAGGAAAACAGCAGAGCUUGCAACAAAGUUUUAUAUCAAUCCUGCAACUAAUCAGCCUAAUGUUUCUGGACUUAUACUUGCUGGAUGCGCUGAUUUCAAGAAUGACCUUGGUCAAUCUGAUAUGUUUGACCCACGUCUUCAGGCGAAAAUCUUGGAUGUGGUUGAUGUCUCUUAUGGGGGUGAAGAUGGUUUCAAUCAGUCUAUUAAGUUGUCUUAUGAGAUUCUUGCAAAUGUGAAGUUCAUACAGGAGAAGCAUUUAAUUGGGAAGUAUUUUGAGGAGAUAAAGCAAGAUAGCGGGAAGUAUGUCGUGGGUGCUUAUGACACUUUGGAAGCUUUAGAAAUGGGUGCUGUCAAAACACUCAUUGUUUUGGAAAAUCCGGAGAUUAAUCGGUAUGUUCUUAGAAACGGUGUUUCGGGUGAAAUUAUUAUAAAACAUUUAAACAAGGAACAGGACACUGAUGAAAGUAAUUUUCGGGAUUCGGUCAGCAAUGUUGAACUUGAAGUUGAGGAAAAGAUGUCUCUUCUUGAGUGGUUUGCUAAUGAGUACAAAAGAUUUGGAUGCAAGCUUGAGUUUGUCACAAAUAGAACCCAUGAGGGAUUUAACUUUUGUAGAGGCCUUGGUGGGAUUGGUGGCAUUCUUUGUUACCUGAUUGAUAUUCACCCAUUUGAUGAGUUGUCUGAUGAUGGAGAAAAUAAUGAUAUUGAAAUUUCUGAUGAUGAGGAAAGUUAUGAUACUGAGAAUCAUGAUGAAGGGGUGAAUUAUGAUGCUGAAUAG